UAGGACAGCGGCAUUCUCCUCAGCUCAGAAAGAAGUGGAGGUGCGUUAAGCAGUACAGAAAUUGUUUCGAAGCGUGGGCAUCUGCCUCUGCGUGUGUGCUGGGGCUGGAAGAAGGGUCUGUCAGCUCGAGUUCCACGCACCGCACCCAGAAGUCAGAAAGAUCUGGGGAGGAAAAGGAGGAACCUGAGUUCUGCCUAAGCUUCGAGCGCCGUGUGGAGCAAAAAUACUUCUUUGGCCAUGGAUGUGUUCAUGAAAGGACUUUCAAAGGCCAAGGAGGGAGUUGUGGCUGCUGCUGAGAAAACCAAGCAGGGUGUGGCAGAAGCAGCAGGGAAGACAAAAGAGGGCGUCCUCUAUGUAGGUUCCAAAACUAAGGAGGGAGUGGUUCAUGGAGUGACAACAGUGGCUGAGAAGACCAAAGAGCAAGUAACAAAUGUUGGAGGGGCAGUGGUGACUGGUGUGACAGCAGUCGCUCAGAAGACAGUGGAGGGAGCUGGGAACAUUGCUGCCGCCACUGGUUUUGUCAAGAAGGACCAGAUGGGCAAGGGUGAAGAAGGGUACCCACAAGAAGGAAUUCUGGAAGAUAUGCCUGUAGACCCUGGCAGUGAGGCUUAUGAGAUGCCUUCGGAGGAAGGAUACCAAGACUAUGAGCCUGAAGCUUAAGAAUGUCAUUGCUCCCAGUGUCCUGAGAUCUGCCGGCCGCUGUUCCAUGGCGUACAAGUGCUCAGUUCUAAUGUGCCCUGUCAUGACCUUUUCUCAAAGCUGUACAGUGUGUUUCAAAGUCUUCCAUCAGCAGUGAUUGAUGUCCUGUACCUGCCCCUCAGCAUCCCGGUGCUUCCCUCUCAUUACAAUGAAUACAUGGUAGCAGGGUCUUGUGUGCUGUGGAUAUUGUGGCUUUAAAACUAAAAUGUUAGAAGAAAUUUAAAACACCUAAGUGACUACCAGUAAUUUCUAAAUCUUCACUGGUUUUUUUUUGUUGUUGUUGUUGUUGUUAUGAAGUUGUGAUUUGCUAUCUCAUCAGAGUUUUAGGUGUCCUUAAUGAUUCUUUCUGUCUAAGAAGAAUGAUGUAUUGUGAAAGUUGUUAAUACAUAUUUUAAAAAGUGAGCAUGAAACUAUGCACCUAUAAAUAUUAAUUAUGAAUUUUACAGUUUUGUGAUGUGUUUUAUUAACUUGUGUUUGUAUAUAAAUUGUGGAAAUUAAAAUAAAUAUUAUCUCAUUGCAAACUUGUGCUUU